GGGCACGGCAGGCAGGCAGGCAAGCAAGCAGGCAGGCAGGCAGGCAGGCAGGCGGCGACGGAACGGGGACGGCCGCUCCGCUGCCAGUCACAUCAUCCUACCUCUGUGGAUGGCCUGGACCCCUGAGUAGCUGGAGGCUCUUUGGAUGACCACACUUUAUGCAAAAUCCGGAAUCUUCCUGCCUGGACUCCUCUCUCUUUUCUAAGGGUUCAUGUUGGGGAGAGGCCUAAAACGCAAACUGAGUGACUAUGAGGAGAACAUGGCUGGUCUCUCUAGUGCCUUCGAUUCCAGUCGAAAUCUGCCAUAUCCAGUUAAGAGGCAGCUGGUGCUUAACAUGUGCCUCACCAAGCUACAGACUUACAAAAUGCUGGUGGAACCGAACUUGCACCGCUCUGUCCUCAUAGCCAACACAGUGCGGCAAAUUCAAGAGGAAAUGAGACAAGAGAGUAAUCAGCAGGCAAUUACCGUCUGCACUGGCAUUACUCCUAGUUCUCCCAGCUACACAGGGAUGGAGUCAUCUGGGAUUUCCCUACAGCUGCCUUCAGGUAUUAGUCAGCAAGAGUCUAACUGUUGUGACUUGAGGUCUGCGGAGGACCCGAUUGAAAAUAGCCUGCUGAUAGUUUCAGAUGAUGAUAUGUCGUCUGCUAUUUCGUCUAUUCUGAAGGAUUUAGACUUUGUAGAAGAUAUAAGCCCACCUACUUGUCUGGUUCCUGCUGGAGAUGAGCAGCCAAAGUUUCCAGAAAAUCCCGGUCUAAAGCUAGAAGACGAUAGACAGGAUUUGAAAGGAGCCGAAUGCGUGUUUGGUUCCUUUGAGAUUUCCAAUUCAACCAGCUACUUGAAGGAUCUGGCAAUAGAUGACAUUUUUGAAGAUAUCGAUACUUCAAUGUACGAUUCAGACUUCUGUUGCCCCCCGCUGAUGCCGCCCAGACCACCACCUCUUGCUACAGAAGAACCGUUGAAGACCUUUCCAACUUGUAAUUCUUCUUCAGCAAACAACAUUCAAAUAUGUAGAACAGAUCUGAGUGAGUUGGACCACAUCAUGGAGAUUCUGGUUGGGUCCUGAUAUUUGUUUUACCCAAAGAUACUUUUUGACUGCCGCUUUCAUUUGGUUUCAGGAUAAAAGCCACUGGAAACGUUGUAAAGAAUUAUUUAAAACACAGCUAAAAAUAACUUGUCUGUAGUGAGGUUUCCUAAAUAAUUCCAAAACUUUUAAACCUGGAAGGUGGUGGUCCUUUUUUCUUUUUUUUCUUUUUUUUUUUUUUUAAGAAAUAUUUAUUUAUCAGAACUGUGCAAUCAUCUUUUUUUCCCUCCAGGGUACAUGUGGAACAUUAGGCACAUACCCUUCUCACCCCUCAUGCCUCUUUCAAUAAACUUUUUUAUGUGCAAUUUUUAAUUUGUCAGAAGAAUUUACAUGCAAAACAAAUUUCAUAUGAGAUGAUCUUUUACAAAGCCUCCACUUUAUUUUUAAUAUCAGAGUCUAUGCCACGUCAGCAUACGUCGAGUUGCGUAGUUGGAUUGAAUGGAUGCAGACACAUUACUAGAGAUGGGUAUAUUUUAAAAAUGAGACAACGCUUUGCUUUCUUUUGGUCGGAAAAGCAGAUCAAGACACUUGUCAACAAAGUCUCUUGCAUUUUCUAAAGCAUUCAGAACUAUUUAUUUUUGUAAAUUUUAUAGUCUUUCUACAUUUUACUACGUUAUUUCAUCAUAGUUCAGAUAUAAUGGACUUCUAGUUGGAUGUGUUUAGCACUACCUCUGAGCUGAAAUGCUUUAACUCUUUUCCAGUGCUUCGUCUAAGACUGCAGAUCUUUUUGUUUCUAUUUUUUUUCUGGGGGAAAGUACUUCUAACUCAUCGAGCUGAUCCUCUGCCAGUGACCCAGCUGAUUGGUGAAAUCAAGGGUAUUCGAUGUUUAAAAACUUUUAAGUAUUUACAAAUGUAAUUUAUAUGUAGAUUGUGCAAUUUAACAUUUUUCUGUCAGUAUUAUGUGCUUAGAUUUUGAAUAAUCUUGGCGUUCUUUAAAUUAAAACUUAAUAUGUACAGGUAGCUUUUUAAUCUGUUUUGGGAAACACUGUCCUCCAACCUUGCUUUCACUACGAAGUUUAAGAUGAUUUUUAUGUGCAAUAUUAUUUAAAAGAGAUCCACGUUUGUAUGCCUGGCAUUGUAGAAAGAAACGCUUCAAACUUAAAGCUUCUAGCACCUUUGGAGGAUACUCAAAGAGUCAGCAUUGCUGUAUCCUUUGAGAGACAAAGUUGAGAACGCUUCUCGCUGCACCGGUGCAGUUCUGAAUGCUCCUGAAACGCUCGCGAGGAGGCGGUGCUGUGGGAGCUCAGGGGCUGCCUGUGUGCUUCCAAAGCGUUCUGGUGGUUGCUAAUGAUGAUUAUGCUGCAGAUUGUACUGAAGGAUGGGGGAAGGAGGGGUUUGUGUGCGUGUGGCAGGUGUGUAUACCAGUAUAUAUAAGCGCACUCGUUAACUGAAGAUGAGAUUUGCAGUGAGAGCUAUUUCUCUGUCAAGCAGUUUGGCUACCGUGUUUCAGAUUGAACUGAGGUCUGUAUUUGAUCCUUGCUGUUGUCUUCUGAAGUACACACUUGCACACUAGUGGUUGAUUUUGGUUUUUUGUUUUUUUUUUUGGGGGGGGGGGAGUUUUGUUUUUUUAAUGACAGAAUUCUACUUUGCUCUUGAAAGCUGCAGCACCUGUCUCAUAAGAAAAUUUGUAGUGGUAAAAGCUUUGCUUUGGUUUUAUUUUUUGUUUGUUUUGUUUUUGUUCUGCUGGGACUCUAAAUGAACGGGGCAUAUGCAGAGAAAGAAAACACUGCCCAGGUGUUGCAUCUCAAAAGUUGGAGCCCUGGCCCUGCUGAAGGUGCCAGGAUGUCACCUACUAUUUCUAGUCUUAACUGAUGCUGUAGCACACCUACCUUGUGCAAAGAUCUCCAUUUCUUACUGUCACUGUGUUAACAGUGAGCUGCCAAUACAGUUUGGUAUCCCAGACCAGUGGAGAACCAGUUCAGGUCACAUCCUCACAGCCAUCUGGGUUGUUCAGCAACCGAAGGGUAUAAAUGUAUUUAUAUGCAUAUAAUGUAUUGAUUCUAAUAUAAAACUUCUGAUCUAAAGUAUUUUGAAUUGCUGGAUAAAGGGAUUUGUUUGAAGAGUGUAUAAGUAGUUCUUGAAGAGGUACAGCUUCAGAAUGUACACAGAUUGUGCAUUGUGUAUAGACUACUCUGGCUUUUCCUCAGCCUCUACUUUUGUAUUAAAGAUAUGCCUGAAUAAAUCCUUGAAAUAUUAAGGGCCUUCUGCACUGUGAUGAAGCAGAGUUAUGGUUAAAAAUGUCUUUAAAUUCAGCGACGAGGAAUAAAGCAAAAAGACUGCAUUUAAUUUCUUCUUGCAUUUGAAAAUAUGGAAUGUUACUAUGCAGUAAAGGUAUUUUGGUAUGAAAAUUAUAUCAUGUAGCAAAUAGCAAACAGUUAAUAAAUCCACUUACCUUGCAGCCCCCACAAGGAGACUUGCUUUUCAGCAUUUACAUGCUAAAAGUUUUUUGUACACUUCAGACAUAGAUUAAAUUGUUGGUACAUUUCAUCAACAGUACAAAAUGUGAUUUCUGUUCAAUCUCUUGCCAGAAAGCUCUGUUUCCAAUUGGUUGCUUGCAUCACAGUGCCAAGACCGUAAGCUGGUAUGUAAUGCAGUUGGGUUAUGUAUGGAAUUAUGUGCAAAGGGAAGUUUUAUUAUUUUUUUUUUAAAUAUGCACAAACUAAUUUUAAAAUCCUUCCAUGUAAAAUGAAGUUAGAGGCUAGUUGUGGUGGACCUAUUUAUUGUAUGUUUGGAAAUAAAAGCCACAGUUUUGCAGUUUAACCAUUUA